CUCCUAGAGCUCUGUGAUAAUAUGCUUAAAUCUUUACUCAUCUAUCUGCCACAGUAGUAGUUAUGAUAUAAGGAUGUCCUUAAUAGGAAAGCACCUACGAUGAACUGACUCACUGCAAUCAACAUCACCAUGGCAUUGUCGCCGAGAACACCCCAUUCACAUUUUCCCGUGGAGUGAGAAAGCACACAGCACAUUUUCAGUUGCCAUGCCUCCUCCCAAUCCCCCAUUUCUCUCUUUCAUAGCCAACAUCUCAACGCGUAUGCAAAGCCAUGGCGGACAAUGGAGAGGGGAGCUCGACACCUCCUCCUGUAUGGCACAGCAGAGUCCCCGAAGCGCAGCCUCCUCGAGUUCCAUUCCCUCGCAUCAACCCGCCGCCAAUGCCUAGACCUGAAGACGUCCUGCCCGAUAAUUUUGAGAAACGGCCGGAUAUAUACCCAGGAAGUACAUGGCGAGGAAAGCGUGCGCCCUUUGGCCCGAAACACAACCUUCCCCAGUAUGAGAUGAACAAACAUUGUACUCAUGGCAUUAUGGUUCGCCGGUUUGUGGACGAUCGUAUACUUUGUCCCAACUGCGCUCGCCAACCCCUGCUAGGAUGGUUGCUCCUCUGCGUCGAAGAUCUCAAUCAACCAACCGGUCCGGGGCUGUCCCAAGGAAUUUCCAGGGCCAUGAUAGACGGUCAUUACACCUUCAGAGAGAGAACGAUCGUGAGGCAACAGAGGGCAAUCGUGUUGCAGCAUAUGGAGCAAGAGUAUGGGCCGGCAGCGGCUCCGUUUUCACGCAUUGAAGUCAUCCAGGGAGUCGAGCCGGGCGGCGAGGACAAUGACAACGGCAAUGAUGGACUGCCCACAGAGAAAAUUGAUGAUGUCCGUCGGCAGAAUCAUGUAGAAUCAAUGCCUUGCCCGGAACAACCUUCCAGGCAGCCGCGUCCAGCUUGCCGAUUCUGGUGCUGCUACCAUUGUAGGGAUCAUAUCCCUGCGCGUGCCUUCAUCCAUCUUGACGGCUUUUUCAACGAUCCAUGUACUGCGAUCACCCUUCCAUGGGAGCUCAGCAACAGAAGGGUUUCCGACGCUAGGGUUGUCCGCAACUUGGACAAUCAUUACAAGCAGAGGGAGCAUUUCUUCGGGCUACCGACACCUCCUUAUACAUCAUCCGAAAGCAUGAGUCUCGCAAUAAUGCAGCCUCACUUUAUGCGCCUUUGCGCAAUUGCAUCACGGAUUGAUCUGCGUAGUCUUUGCGAUCCGAUGGAAGUCUCAGAAUUUUCAAGCGCGGGUCUUAUUGCCGAGCUCAGUGACAGCGGAGCAGCACAUUCCUUUUUGAGCGGCGGCUCGAGAAGCAUGUUGAUAGCUUAUGCUGGAGAGAACGCCAUUGAGGCUGCUGAAGUACGGAGCACUCAUGAGCGUGAAAGUGACCUUGAUGUCGAAGUGGGCGAUGAUAAUUAUGGCUUGGAAUCGCUAUCUCGCAGUACGACUUUGGACAUUUUCGAUCUCGAAUGAGCACGUCAGUCAAUAGGCAACCAGCACACUGAGCGAAACAGUCUGAUGCGAGAACGGAGCCAAAAUCUGUUGGUUAAGUGAAUCUAAGAGCCCUUGAGGAUGCUGUUGAAGCUGUUCAUAAGUACCUGGAACCUGUCUGAUGAUCUUAUUCAUUGGCUAUCAUUGUCAUCAUUCAUCUUUGGCCAAUAAAAUCACAAUGCAAGGAUUGCUUGGGAAGCAAUCUUGAUUUCCCUAACAGGUUCGGGUCAAGCCAGAGUUAGGGAGACCUCUGGAGAUACUACUCGUAGUCAGUUGACCUUAUGUA